GUGAGGUUUGAAGCAGGACGCCGCCUCUUCGACUGGAACUGAAGCAGUGAAAGGGCGGCCGCUGUAGCCGGGACUGCUGUUGUCGGGGACUUCUUUCAAUGGCUUGUUGACAUGACCUCAGGAGCGUCUAGCUUUGUGACUCAGUAUUCUGAGCUGCUACUGAGGGGCAGCCUCCUUACAACAACUGCAGCAAACAUGGACGACUACAUGUCAUUGUUAUGGACUUUGCAGAGCAUGAAUCAGGGACUAGCAUCCUUCAAACAGUGUUGCUUAAGCUCCUUGAGAGAGUUCUUGAAGUGUAAGCUGCAGACCUACACAACUGUUGGAACAGUCUCACAUCAGCCAACAUCCUGUCGGACAAUACGUUCCAAUUCCUGCGCUUUCAGAAACCGCGCUGCAAGGCGGGUAAGACAGUAUUUUGCAUCCAAGUACAAUCCCGGCAAGCUGGUGUGGCGUUUGCCUGCUGAGCAGAGCGCUGCCAAGUCAGGCCACCAUGGGGGGCAUUCUGGCGUGCAAGCAGGGCACAUUGCUACUGCUGCUGCUGCUGGCACUGGCUGCGGUGGGCUCCCAAGCUACCAGUAAUGCGCACCGGAAGCUGGGUCAGCUGGCGACGGACGCGCUGUCAGCCCCUGCACCUCUGUGCUCAGAAUCGUUAGCGGACACGCCCCUGGCCCCCAGCCUGGUCCCCAACGACUUCUCCGGCGGGCGCGCCCCCGCUGCCUGGGAGUGCUACAUGUGCCGCCGCAACUCGUCCCGCCUGCACGUUCCGCGCAACAAGCGCUGGGUGGAGACCCCGCGGCAUGCCCUGCUCAACACCUCCAGCGGGGUGGCAGUCACCGUCAACAACCUGCAGCCCGGCUGGACCCACCAGAUCCUGGCCUGGGUGCGGCUGGUGAACACGACGACCUCGCACACGCUGUCGGUGUGCUUCAUCCCGCACGUUAACGGCAACCGGUGUGCGGGGGCGGUCACGGUGGUGCAGGCGGGGUGCUGGACGCAGGUGCAGGGCGGCUUCACCCCCGCCACGGCCUCCGCCAAGAUGCUGCUGUCGGGCGUGCCCGCGGGCGUGGGCAUGCAGGUGCACAGCUUUGUGGUGGCCGCGCUGGACCCCGCGCAGGAGCGCGCGCGACAGGCGCAGCUCAUCGACCAGCACCGCAAGAGCGACGUGGUGGUUCACUUCCAGACGUCUGCGGGCGCCCCGGUGGCAGGCGCUGCGUACACGGUGGAGCAGGUGCGGUCGGGCUUCCCGUGGGGCGUGGACAUCAACCCCACCGUGGCGCAGCAGCCCGCCUACUCUGCCUUCCUGCAGUCGCUCUUCAACCAAGUGCAGCUCUGGUGCGGCUGGACUUCCAUCGAGCGGGUGGAGGGCCAGUUCGACUUUGCUGACGUGGACGUGAUGCUGGCAUGGGCUGCCGCGCACGGCAUGGCCGUCAACGGGCCGGCCCUCAUCUGGGAGGACCUCCGCGACGGCAUCCCGCAGUGGGUGCAGGACAAAGUGAAAACGCCGGCGGACAAGGCGGUGCUGGACCAGCUCAUCUCGCGCUUCAUCGAUGCGAUCAUGGGCCACUUCAGCGGGAAAGUCAAUUCUUACACCGUCGACAACGAAGGCCUUCACAAAACAUUCGUCAACGACAUGGGAGGGGAUGACAGCAUCGCUCGGCUGUAUAAGGAGGUCCGGGCCAACGACCCGACGACGCCGCUCAUCUUCAACGAAUAUAACGUGGCGGAGUCAUGCUGGCACGACUUCGGCGACCCGGGCACCCCCGAGGCCCUGGUGGCGCACGUGCGACGCGUGCAGGGGCUGGGGGGCGACGUGGACAUUGUGGGCUUGCAGUUCCAGGUGCAGCCAGACCAGACGGACCCCACGCGCUUCCGCCAAUCGAUCGCGAAGAUCGCGCAGCUGGGGCUGCCCAUCUGGGUGACGGAGCUCAACUGGGCGCUGGGCGUGCGCAACGACACGGCGCGCGCGGCCCUGGCGGAGGUGGCGCUGCGCGAGCUGUUCUCCAACCCGGCGGUGGCGCACAUCAGCCUGCAACACAUCGUGCCCAGCUUCGGCCAGACCCCGGCCACGUGCCCCACGUGCCUCUUCGACGAGGCCGGCGCGCCCAACGAGGUGGGGCAGGUCUUCCUCGCCCUGCGCCAAGAAUGGGCCACGCGCGGCGUCGCCGGCACCACCUCCAGCGACGGUGCAGCGCAGACCUUCCGGGGUUUCCACGGCGACUACCAGGUGGAGAUCAACGGGCAGUUCAAGUAUUUCUCCAUCCUGCAAGGCGUGGACGGCGUCCAGAGCGUGACCAUCACCCUCUAGGCACGGCCGCACUCACGCGGAGGGGCGGCCAGCCGGGAGCAUCACGGCUGUGCGCUAUUCGAGGCUCAACCAGGACGAAGGAUCUGACCGGCCAUUGCCGCUCAAUAGGAUUGGUAGGGACAGGAUCUCGUAGUAGAUCAUUCGUACUAGGACCGUCAAGGUACAGCGAUAUAAAAAUACGUUGGUAUUUGUGGCCACAUUCGGCCUCUAGGUACAGCUACAGCUCGGGGUUACGCAAAGGUAUUGGCAGGUUUUGCGCGCAGGACGACGUGACUUUACCAGCUAGUCAAAUUGAUUCAGAAUUCUUUGACUGCCAAGUCGACCGUAGACGUUCAUCAUCUUGAUGAACAGAGAGCAUUAGGUGCUGAUGACAGGACAACUUGUCAUAGGUGUUGUGCACAUAGAAAAAAAUCGUCGAAGCACAGUAACUAGAACUCAGAAUCACUUCAGACUGUCUUCACAUCAUCUCGGAUAAAUCUAGCCUAGGAUCUCGAUGAGAGUAGUAAGCACCUUGUACGCCGGUGUAUCAACUCAUUUGCAGACUCGUUGGCCAUCAGUAGCAC